UCAUUGCGUCUGUGUUGAGUGCAGUAAUUUCAAAAUCGUCGUUUCCUACAAGUUUUUACUGAAGAUUAGCAAAAAAUUUAAGCAUGGAGGGUUCCGUGUCGAAUGUGGAGAUCUGUAAUUUAGCAUACAGCGGACAGUACGAGAAAGUAAAACAGUGUAUUUUGUCAAAUAAAACGCUUGCUAACAAAACGGACCAGGAUGGUAGAACCGCUCUACACUGGGCUUGUUCAGCUGGGCACACCAGUAUCGUGACGUUUCUGCUUGAACUGGGACUUGAUGUGAAUCUCCAAGAUGAUGCCUCUUGGAGUCCUUUGCACAUUGCUGCCUCUGCAGGCAGAGAGGACAUAGUGACAUCUUUGAUCAGCAAAGGAGCUCAGCUGAACUCAGUCAAUCAAAAUGGAUGCACCCCUCUGCACUACGCCGCCUCCAAAGACAGAUACGAGAUUGCCUUGCUGUUGCUGGAAAAUGGAGCAGACCCCAAUGCUACUGACAAGUUGGAUUCCACCCCACUUCACAGGGCGUCAGCUAAAGGCAACUACCGUCUCAUCCAGCUGCUUCUCAAACAGAGCGCCUCAACAAACAUCCAGGACUCGCAGGGCAAUACACCUCUCCACCUGGCAUGCGAUGAGGAGCGUGUCGAAGCAGCCAAGCUACUGGUGGAACAUGGGGCCAGCAUUUACAUCGAGAACAAAGAGGAGAAGACCCCACUCCAGGUAGCUAAGGGUGGCUUAGGAAACCUACUUCGUCGAAUUGUGGAGGGUUGAUGCUUUAAGGGAAUUGUUCAUGCUUCGACUGAAAUUCCCA